AGUCCCUCAGCGUCCAACGAGACCUCCGUCCGGCAUUCUGACCUGGUAAGUCGCCAGUGUCGGAUCGUGAACAAGUGAAAGAAUCGGUAGACCCUCAUCCAGUUAUCAUAGUUUACCGUAGAUCGGAGGGACAAGGGAACCCUUGAUAACCAAAUUAACGGAGGGUAAUGAACAGUCAGACGGAAAUCAGGCAUCGAGUUGUGGAAGAAAGGAAACAGUAAAAUACCGACGGAACAAGUACUCCCUCUCCAAAGGCCCCACACUACGCUUAUGAAACGGUUAAAAGGCCCUGUAAUUAAAUUAUUAUCUAGUGAUUAUUGAUUAGCCCAGUAGUAACCCAAGUGAACGAUAUUUAAGUUAAUCCAAAGAGUGCUUCCAGGACGGGGCCCACUCGAUAAACGAAUUAUAUCUAUCAUUUAUCGACCGAUGCAGAGUCCGUUUGGAAGGGAAAAAAAAAAUUAAAUAAAGUGUCUGUGCACGAGGUGCCCACGAGGUCGAUUUUAUUAUUAAAGCCACAGGCAAUCGUCACAGCUGAACAGCAGAGGUGAUAUUCCAAGUUUGUUAUUGUAUAUUCACCAGUGGAUAAAUAGUGUACAAGUGGUUAUCGUGAUAAUCGGGGGAUUUUAAAGUUUAAAAUUCCAUGUCAGUGAAGCUCAUUGGUUGAUAAAUUGAGAGGACAGCUGGGGAAUCGCAAGUGUUGGAGGAGAAAUUUCUAACGCUCGCCACGUGGAGAUCUCCCAACGAGCCAUCUCCGUCCGACGCAAGUCCCCCCUUUAAGAACAUUUUGGCAUUUUCAUUGGAAAAUGGAUCUUCUGUGCUGUGAGACCACGGAAACAGAGUGCAGGGCUUAUGCUGAUCCAGCAUUGCUUGGUGAUGAGAGAGUACUUCAGAAUCUUCUGAAGACCGAGGAACGUUACGCCCCUAGUAGCUCGUACUUUGAGUGUGUCCAGAGGGACAUUUCACCGCUCAUGCGCAAAAUUGUCGCUGAGUGGAUGUUGGAGGUGUGUGAGGAACAAAAAUGCCAGGCUGAAGUGUUUCCCCUGUCGAUGAAUUAUUUGGACAGAUUUUUAUCAAUCUGCCCAAUCAGAAAGUCACAAUUACAAUUACUUGGUACCGCAUGUCUUCUACUGGCGUCUAAACUACGAGAAACGAGACCAGUUACAGCUGAGAUUCUUGUGUUCUACACCGACAACUCCAUCACACUUGAUGAUUUAUGGAGGUGGGAACAACUCGUCGUGUCAAAACUCAAGUGGGAAUUGUCGGCAGUUACACCCGGUGACUUUCUUCUUCACAUACUGAGUCGUCUGCCCAUUGAUUCACUAGCGUGGGACUCACUCAUGGUCAGAAGACACGCACAAACCUUCAUCGCUCUCAGUGCCAGAGAGUACAAGUUUUCCAUGUACACACCCAGCAUGAUUGCAGCAGCAAGCGUUGCGGCGGCUCUUCAUGGGCUCGAUUGGACGGGAAAAAGUGGUUAUGGACUCUCUGGACUGCUCGAUGAGCUCACCCGCAUCACUGCCAUUGAACAGGAUUAUCUCCAAGGAUGCUUCGAACAGAUCGAGGAGAUGGUCGCCCAGGCGAGAAAUACGAAUUACCAAUCAUCAACGACAAACACAAUCGGAGCGAGUGCACCAACAAGGCCGUUGGGGGAACAGAACACGAGCCAGGACAAAAUGAUGGAACAUGAAAAAGCGGGCACUCCAACUGACGUCAGAGAUGUCCACUUUUGAGCCCUGGCUCGUUAUCAAGUUGACGCUUUUUUCACAUUAAUUUUGAUUCACCACGAGGAUAACAGCACUCCUGCCGAGUGGAAGGAUCUGGGGAGGAUUUGGAGAGGUGCACAAGGGACCCCGAGGGACUCUACAGUGUCUAGAUGAGGAUUGCAACGUCUCCUGAAUUUUCUAGAGUAAAAUUGACAAAUUAUUCUCUUUUAUCGAACAUAAUUAUCUCUCUUUGGAUUAUUUAAUCGCUGAGAGUCAAGUCGGGAGACGUUCUGGGGGAAGGCAAUACAAUACGCUUUACGUAUUAGUUGAAUACACUUAAUUUUUAGCAAUAACGAAUGAUUACAUUUUACGAAUAAAUCCAGAAGGGGAGAAACGAUUGUAAUUAUUUCACGUCACGAAUUAAUCGACGAUUUGAGCGAGAUAUGGAGCGGUAAAUGUUUAUAGGUGUAAUGAGAUGAGAUCAACAAUCAUAAGAAUGAAUAAAUAUAGUCAUACCCGAGUCAUAUAGCGUUUUGUAAAUAUGUGUGAGAGAGAGAGACAGGAUUUUUUAUAUUCACACAAACUGCUAAUGUUUAGUUAUUAAUGCAUAGUUCCAUUUCUCCAUCUAGUUUGAUAUCGAUUGUAGAGGUCGAUUGGUAUCAAUAAGUGUCCGGAAAAAAAUUAUUCGAUUUAGUGUGUGGAGGAGUGCGUGUGAAUGAGUGUUUCAUUAAAAUCAUAAGCCGAACGAAACAGUGAAAAUAAAGUAAAUGAACGUUGAACCAGGGGAAGAAGUUUAAAAUUGUCUGCGGAUUUAUAUAUAUAUAUUUUUUUUUACUUCUUGUUUUGUGAAGAAAGUCCGUGGAAAGUUCGCAGUUCACAUCCACGUUAAAUAUAUAUUAUAUUUUUGUAAAGAAGAGAGAUAAACAAAUUCAGUUUCUUUUGUCGUGUUGAAAAUCGGUAGUUGCCGUUUUGUAAAUAUUUAUAGUAUAUAGAAAUGUUCUUAUUGGAAAAAAAAAAUCUUUUUCUCGUUUUUUAAGUAUGUAAGAUGAAUUUGGAGAGUGUGCAUGGGGAAUAAUUACGCCCGCAAGAUCUGAAGGGUUUUCUUGGCUCAUUGAGCACAAUAAUAGCCCAAUGUCUGAUAAAACUGGUUAGUACUUAAUAAGAAAGAAAAAUGUGGACGACGAAUUUUAUAAAAAGUGUAAAAUAGAGUGGAAUGGUGGGUUGAACGCUUUCUUAUUACUUUUUUUUUAGUCAAUGGAAUACGUCGUCUGCGUGUCCCUGCAUUCAUGGAUGAUUUUCUUUAAGGUAGAUUACAUUGUCAAUAACCAAAUUGUAGUACAAUCUAGGCGCGAGUAAUGUUAAAAUCCUGGAGAUGUUCGAUCGAGCACUGCCUGUUUGAUUAGCAACCCGGAGAGAUGCGAAACAAUGCAUUUACGUGUUAUGUAAUUUACUAAUUUCAACUGUAUUUUUUUUUGCAUUUAUAAUCAUUUUUAUAAAAAUGAGGAUGCGGUACGAACGGAGAUUGUUUUUUUAUUUUUCUUCUUAUAAUUUCUUCGACGGUUUUGGUCAAUUCCACGAGGAAUGAUAAAAGAUGAGUUUGAUCAUUUGAUUGAUACCUUUGAAUUGGCUGAGCCGUGGGGGACUUUCUGCUUGAAACAAUCAUCUUUAUAUAAUUAUAAAAAUGCAUUUCCCGUAGAAAACUUCAUGAAACAAUGUUAUGCAUUAUUUGUUUGCCAAAAAGGUUGAGUGAAAGGUGUAUUUUUUUCAAAACUCACAGUUUAAAAGAUACAACAUUAAAGACUUCAUCGACUUUCGUCAAUGCAAAGCUGAAUUUAAUAUUCAUUAGAAUUUUGUUUAGUUUCUCCUACUUCAGUCGUACUACACUCACUCAUACUCUAAACAUAUUUCAAUGGUUAACGUUGAAUAAAUUUUUUUUCUAUUUUUCAACUUGAAAUUCGACAAUACAAUACUGUCACUAGUGCUUUUGUUCAGUCUCUGCUGUUGUAAAAACAAAUCAGUUAACCAUGCAAUAGAACCACAGAUAUACCUCAAAACUCGCACAAAAAAAUGUUCACAAGAUUCCCAAUUAUCGUCUGAUCGUGAAAAAACGAUUUUAGCCACCGGAAUCACAAUAACUUUUUUUAUGUAGCAUACUUUAUUAUUAUUAUUAUUUUUAAUGAUAACCACAAACUUGUAAUAUGUAGAACCCCAAACACUUUUGUACAUAUCAAUGUGCGUUAACGAUUUACGCAUAGUCGAUUGAAAAUAAAGUAUUGGUAUUUUAUACAACCAAAAA